AUGCUCGCGACCGCGACGGGCGUCUCGCGCGGCCACGCGCGCGUCGCCCGUCGCUCGCCGAUCGCUCGCGCGCAGUCGCGCUCGCUCGUCGCGCGCGCGCGCGCGAGCGACGAGGGAGAAGCGUCUUUCUCCCUCGUCCCGCGCGAUGCGACCGAUGGGUUGUCGCGCUACCGCGCCGUCCUCGCGCCGCUCUUCCUCGCCGGCGGUCUUCUGCACCUCCCCGACUGCUUCGGCGCGGGACCGAUAUCCUCGGCCUGCGGCGUCGCGUCGUUCGACGCCCUCGACGCGCCCGUGCGCGCGCUGACGUUGCUCUGGGCGCUCGGCGGCCCGGCGGCGGCGUUCGGCUUGGCGACGGCGUCCUUCGUAGGCGACGUCGGCGUCGUCGUGAUCGCGAGCACGGAAAUCGUCCUCGGAAUAGACUUUCCGAACGUCAUCGCGCCCGCGGAGAUACCGGCGCCGAUCGUCGCGGCGCAGGUGGUGAAUUUGAGUUCGCUCGUCGCGUUGCGCGGGUGGGAGACCGUGGAGAAGCGGAACGGUUGA